UUUGUCUAACUGCCGGCCGGUCGGGCGAUGCCUGGUGUCCGGCGACCUCGGGAAGCUCGUCAUCUCUGACAAUGGAAAUGGGACGAUAAGCCGUCCGAUGAGCCGGCAAGGCCACGGGUCACCUUCUUGUUCCCGCGCUCGUAGCAAAUCAACCUCUGCCGCCGCCGGAAAACAAAUCAUAAAAAAUGAGCAGGUUUUUAUCUGCUUCCCCUUCUUCUUCUCCAUUCUUCUUCCCAGUCCAAUCCAAUUCAAUCGGAGGAUUUGCUUCGCAUCGCCGGUCUAUAAAUACCCCUAACCGGCCGCGGCCGGCUCAAAGAAAGAGUUCCUGGUUCCGAUGGCCCCUCCGCCGGCGGCGCCCAUCGGGCAGUUGUUGGAGGAGGGCACGGGCGAGAGCUCGUCGCCGCCCAGGUCCUCCGCCGCCCACGACGAGCUGCGGCGUAAGAUAUACGAGCGCCUGGUGCAGGCCGGCAAGCAGGGGGACUCUGAUGAUGCAUCGUUCCGGAACAUGCUCGACGCCCAUUUCGACAAGCUGCCACCCAGGUACCUGACGGACCUGAGUGAAAGCAAGGCCGAGGAUGUGCUGCUCCACCGGGAGGUCCUCGACGAGUGCGCCCACAACGGCAACCAGCCCGUCUUCCGGGCUCGAUUCCUAAAGUGCAUGGUAGUUCAACCGGAAUGGGUGGAUACCAGUCCCGACUCUGAAACAUAUCAGAGGUUAUUGGAAGACCUCACAUUGGAGAGGAUACAUGGCACCGACACCACAGGAUCUAUGUCUUCACCGUCAAGGGAUUCAGAACCUGCCCUUCUUCAUGAGAUCAUCUUCUCCUCCCUCGACAAGCCCAAGCUCCUUAGCCGGCUAACUGCAUUGCUAUCUGAAGUUGGACUGAAUAUUCAAGAAGCUCAUGUUUACUCCACAACUGAUGGCUUUUGUUUGGAUGUUUUUGUUGUUGAUGGGUGGAAGACAGAGGAGACAGAGGCAUUGAUUGCCACAAUUGAGGAUACAUUAAUGAGAAAAAAUGGAGCACCACCUAACUCAGCAAAUGCUUCAUCCUCGGAGAAAAUACUUGAGCUACGGGAACAGCUUGUGGAUUGUGAAAUCGACUGGAACAUACUAGCAGUGGCGGAAAAGAUCACAUCUGGGUCUUCUGCAGACUUAUAUAGAGGAACACAUAGUGGUUUGGAUGUUUGUAUAAAGAUACUCAGGAGCGCACAUCACAACAGCCCUUCAGAAGUUGAGUUCUUGCAGCAGGCGCUCAUGCUAAGGAGAGUUAAGCACGAAAACAUCCUUACAUUUUAUGGGGCAUGCACAAAGCAUCGAAAGUAUUGUGCCAUUGUAACAGAAUACAUGCCUGGAGGCGAUUUAUAUGAAUUUGUACACAAGCAAAAUGAUGUUUUAGACCUCCUUCUGAUUCUAAGGAUUGCUAUGAGCAUCUCAAAAGGAAUGGAAUGUCUGCACCAGCAUAACAUAAUCCAUAGAGAUCUGAAGACUGCAAACAUUCUCAUGGGCGACAAUCAUGUUGUGAAGAUUGCAGACUUUGGUGUGGCUCGAGUUGGUAGUCAGGAGGGACAAAUGACGGCUGAAACUGGAACUUACAGAUGGAUGGCACCUGAGAUUAUUAACCAUAAGCCUUAUGAUCACAAAGCGGAUGUAUUCAGCUUUGCUAUUGUUCUAUGGGAAUUGAUUACACUAAAGGUCCCUUAUGAUAACAUGACACCCUUGCAAGCUGCAUUGGGAGUGAGGCAGGGAUUGCGUUUGGAGAUCCCGGCAGGUGUGCACCCGGGAUUGUCGAAACUGAUCGAGCAGUGCUGGGAUGAAGAUCCUGAUAUAAGACCUGUUUUUGCGGAGAUCAUUGUACAACUUGAGGACAUCUUACAGGAAAUUCAGGUGCCCAAGGGGGGCCAUCGACGUUCUAGAGCGAAAAUGCAAAAGAAAUCGCCACGAUAGAAGAAAGAAAAGAAAAGAAAAGAAUAGAAAAACGAUGUGUGCAUCAAAAGUGAUGCAAAGGCCGGGGUCAACCACCUCUUCGGAAAAAAAAGGGAAAAAAUACAAAAAUAAUUUUUUCGACUCAAGGAGCAUCGCUCCGAAUUUAAAUUGCUGAAAAUGUGAUAAAACACCCACAACCAUGCCAAAGGGUUUCACCUCCCCUUUACGGCAUGUUCAGUUUAGCAGGGAUCUGCAAGGAUCAAAGGGCAUUGACAGGGAACUGGGAUAAAUCCCUGCUGAUAACCUGCCAAACCGAACAGGCCCUUGAGAGGUUUCCAUCCUUGCACCAUAGCUGUAUCAGAAAGCUGAAGCUAGAAAGAUUACCUGGUAGCUUGUGCAGUCUCCCCAAUUCCAACAGGACGCCGACAUGCCGUUGCGUGUGAUAGGGUUAGAAUGUCCUCUCGUUUCUCUUUGUAUGUGUUUGUAGCAGCGUUUGUAACAGUUUCUUGCAGCUCCUUUUUCCAUUUGAAGAGAUGUAUAUGUAUAGACUGUAUAUGCUGAGGUGAAGAAAGCAUCAAUUGCAACAUUUUUGGGAUGGAA